UAAAAGAUGUCGUGUAAACAAACACGUCUAAUUGAUAAAAUAACUCUUUAUAAAAACGAUACAAACUUAUCAAUUUAGACCAUCAAUAACUAUAUUUAUCGCUUGUUUAUAGGACUGAUAACAGAACAAUGUUACUAUUAAUUGGAUAUAAAUAGUCUUCUAAAUGAUUACCAAAUAAUGUAACCAUGCCAUUGUUUACACAAAAUGAUUAAAACAUCUGUCAUAUUUAAAUUGUUGUAAUUAGUCAAUUAUCUUUAUCUUUUAGUACCUGUAUAUUUCUUAAAUAACCGAUAGAUGUAAUAAGUAAUUUAAACGUUUUUUUAAUCCCGCGAUAACGUGCCACAUUUUUUAUUUACUUUAUAAAAGUUUAACAAUAAAAAAAUAUAUAUAUAUAUAUAUAUAUAUAUUUAUAUUUAUAUUUGCUCAAAAUGUUAAUACGGUCUAUAAAAUAUUAUAAUAAUUUUUGAAUGUCUUCUUGUAUAUUAUCAUAUAUAAUUAAAUAAUAAGUAAUACUAUUUGAUAAGUAUUUUACAUGGGGUCUUUGCCGAUUAUUAAAUAAAAUAAAAUAUAAAAUGGGGUUAGGAAAACUUUGGAUGCGGCUAUUUGGAUGUCUAAUUACUUUAAUUUUAUUCUGGCAUUUUAUUAAACUUUGGAGCUCAUUUAUUAGUGAUGUGCGAAAUGUACAGCAGAGCGAACGAAAAGAUCAAGAGUUUGCGGAAGUUAUUAAUGAUAAUAAAGAUGUAGAAAAAAUAGUUGUUGCAGUUUAUUAUGAAGCAUUGUGUCCGGAUUCGCGUGGGUUCGUAAUGAGACAAUUGGAGCCAACGUAUCAAAAGUUACCUAACAAUGUCGUCAUUCAAAUGAUUCCAUAUGGAAAAGCUACGACUACUGAACUACCAAAUGGCUAUAAAUUUAUAUGUCAACACGGUCCAAGAGAAUGUGAAGCAAAUAUGAUUCAUGCUUGUGCAAUCGAUAUUAUUAAAAACCCCGCUGUUCAAUUAAAUUUCUUAACGUGUAUGAUUGAACAUAAUCUAUGGCCAGUAAAUAUAACACGUACAUGUGCUGAAAAAUUCCAUUUAGAUGCUGAGCCAAUAUUGAAUUGUUCUAAAACAAAUCGAGGAGCUGAAUUAUUAGCACAAUAUGGCAAAAUGACAAACGCAUUGAAACCUGCGGUUACUUUCAUUCCUACAAUUACUCUUGAUGGUAAUUCCGAUGACCAGACAGCAAUACUGAUAAAUUUACUCCGAGAAGUUUGUAAAAAAUUUAAAAUUCUUCCUGCUGGCUGCGAUUCACUUCCGCUAGAAUAAUUAUAAAGAAAUUAUUAAAUAAAUUUUUACACGUAAUUGAAUUUUUUACAUGUAUAAAACUUUAAGAUAUCAUUUAUUCAAGUUCGUUAUAAAAAAAAAAAAUAGAAUAAAUUAUUUACAAAUUGUUACCAUAAAUUGUAAAACGAACGUAAUUAUCCAAGCAAAAAAAAAACGGUGAUAUAGUGUACAGAUAAAUGUUAAAAUAAAUUUAAUAUUUAAACUAAAACUAAUAAAUAACCUACAGUUA